AUGGCGACGCUUCCAGAAGCCGCGGGCAUGACUGGCUUGAAUCAUCAAUCAGCAAAGCGAGCUAUCGACGAAUCCAAGAGCCAUACCGCCACUCCACGCUCAUCUACACCUCCCCGCUUAGAUCGCGCCCGCUUAGAACCCCGACAUAGCCACGAUAACGCAACAAACCGUGCUCUACGCAGCAAUGCAAGGAAAAGCGAAGGUGCCCGCGCGAGUCCUUUCGACAUCGAUGCCGUCGAUAGUGCGCUGCUCCGAGAGUUUCAACGUCCGCAACGUGAGAGCACCCCAGGUGCUAGCCCCCAUCGUAAGCGGCAGCGAAUAAAUGGCGAUCGAUUCAUUCCGACCCGCUCUGGCCAGGACCUGCAAGCAAGCUUUAGUCUAUUGCAUGAGGAUGGAUCUCCUGCCACACCAUCGAAACAAAAGAAACGUACACCGCAUGGCGAGCUCCAUUUUCAGAAGACGGAGGAAGCAAACCGGACCUUUUCCCACCUGCUACGUGCUGAGCUCUUCGAGACCUCUGUACCGCAAGCAGCUACCCCAACUCUCACCCCAACCCAAACCCUUCCUGCAAGCUCUCAUAUUCCCACGAAUGAUGGCACGCGGGCUCACACUCCUCCCACAAAUGCGACAGCUCCAUCACUGCCAUCGUCAUUAACACCUUCUACUCCUCACAAAAAUCUCUUCUCGUACAUGUCACCUCGACAUCACAAUCAGGUCGCGGGGCACCCUACUCCCUCAAAGACACCGCAAAGCCGGCAUGGUCCCAACCUUGAUACUCGGAGUGAGAUUUACAGCUUGUCGCCAGUGCGGUUUGGAAGUCAACAAAUGCUACUGAGCCCCAGACGUCAACCCAGAGCUGUCAGUAAGGUUCCUUACAAGGUUCUCGAUGCUCCCGAACUAGCCGAUGACUUUUACCUUAACUUAGUCGACUGGGGAAGCGCCAACAUUCUCGGAGUUGGCCUGGGCUCUAGUGUGUACAUGUGGAAUGCGCAAACUAGCAAAGUCAACAAGCUCUGCACACUUGAUGAUGACACUGUCACAAGCGUUUCGUGGAUUCAAAAAGGUACACACCUUGCUAUAGGAACGGGCAAAGGCCUUGUACAAAUCUGGGACGCGGAAAAGGCUCGCAGGCUACGAACAAUGACCGGACACACAGCAAGAGUAGGUUCUCUCGCUUGGAACACGCACAUUCUCACAUCUGGAUCCCGCGAUCGGUUGAUCUAUCAUCGGGAUGUGCGGGCCCCGGAUCAGUGGCUGAGGAAACUGGUCGGCCAUAAACAAGAAGUCUGUGGACUCAAAUGGAAUUGCGAAGACGGCCAACUAGCAAGUGGUGGCAAUGACAACAAGCUCAUGGUCUGGGAUAAGCUCUCGGAGACACCGCUUUGGAAGUUUUCAGAUCACACCGCAGCCGUCAAAGCAAUAUCGUGGUCGCCCCAUCAGCGUGGCCUGCUGGCUUCUGGAGGUGGCACUGCCGACCGUCGCAUAAUCUUCCACGACACGGUCAAGGGCUCAGUUAUCAACGAGAUCGAUACAGGCAGCCAGGUUUGCAAUAUUGCUUGGUCGAAAAACUCGAAUGAAAUCGUAUCCACGCAUGGAUACAGCCAAAAUCAGAUUGUUGUCUGGAAGUAUCCUUCCAUGACCCAGGUGGCCAGCCUCACAGGCCACACCUAUCGUGUACUUUACUUGGCUAUGAGCCCAGAUGGCCGAACAAUCGUGACUGGCGCUGGAGAUGAGACCCUGAGAUUCUGGUCCACCUUCGGCCGCAGACCUGGGACCCGAGAAGACGGAGAUAAUGGAGGUCGGCUUGCCGACUUGGCCAUUAUUCGCUGA